UCACUGGUUCACUAUCUGUAAAACUGGGCCAUAGAAAAGGUUGUGUGAUGUGACUGUGCUUAUUCAUUUUGCUUAUGGAAGAGGUUUCUGUUUUGCAGAUGGUACUUAAUUCAUAGAAGUAGAAGAGAAAUUGGAAAAUAUGUCUGGAAGGGUGAGUAACAGAUGGAAAUUGAAAGUUGAUGGUACAAGUACAGCCUGCGCAGAAAGUUAUGAAGCCAGCUGCAUGACAAACUUGAUCAUUGCAAUAUAUGGUAACAGGCGGUUGAGGUCCGCUCUUUCUAGAAAUCUUGGGAAAAACUUAAAUACCAAUUGCAAGUAGGGUCAUGCAGUUUCAAGAGUGGCCUCAUCAACCUAUGAGUCAGACUGUACUAUGUUAAGUGAAGCUCAGAUGAUGGUGUAUUAGAGGGAUGCUAAUGUUAGAAGAAGACAGUGUUUUGUUAACUUCUAACAUUAUUAUCCAUCACAUAUGACAGCAUCUGAGCUUCAGUGAACAUAAUGCAGAGUUCAAUCCAAAGGCUGAUGAGCUCACUCUUGAAGCUGCAUGUUCUUAACUUGCAAUUGUUGUACAAAAGUCCAGACCUCAACCAAUUGUUGCCAUGUGCUUCAUCAAUCCAAUGUUUUUUACUGCAGCCGGCAUCAUACUUUUUGUGCAGACUGAAGGGUUUGGUGGUGGAAGUGCAGUACCAGCACUUUGAAAAAGUCCAAUGAGAUGUUGAGGUUCUGUUGAUUGUUAUUGGAUCAUAACAUCUGUAUCCUUCGGGAGAGUCAGUCUGGGAGACAGUGACAUUGAGUGUGUUUUCUUCUUUGGAUUUUCCCCGGCUUUUGUACAGAACGAUCAGUGUGGUGAAUUAUUUCUGUUGAAAUUUGAAAAGAGGUUUAUUUUAAUUACAUCAUGAACUGUCUUUUUUAAAUUCCUUGUCUCAUGCACAGGAUCGACGUGGGCAUCACACACCAAGUAACAAGACGUCUGAGGAAGACAUUGCUUUUGUAAUUCAACAUAUUGCUUCUGUAAAACAGAUGAGAGAUGAGACAGUCUAUACUUUAUCUGGUAACCAACAUCAAGGGACUCCACAUGAACGCAUUUCUUCAGAGGUCACAGGAACUGUAGGAAAAGAAUUAUCGACAAAGAAGAUGUAUGAAGUAUAUAAGAGAGUGUGUCAAGAGGAGGGUAGGACACCUGUUAGCCUCUGGGUAUACCGCCACAUAGAAAAAUCUAAAAUAAAUCAGAAUAAUUCUAAGAAUGGUGAGAACUUGGAGAAUGGGGAUUUUAUGCAUUCCAAAAACCAAACGGUAUCAAGUAUCACUGACCAUAAAUCUGUGACGAAUGAUAAUCCAAACACAUGUAAUGGUGUGUCAGAAAUCCAAGAACAUGUAACUGAUACUGGAAAUGUAAUAAUGUCCAAUAUCAGCAGAAACAAGAGAAGUGGAGGUUGCAGAACACAGAUGUCACGAAAAGAGAGAACAAAAAGAAACAGUGGGGAAGCAUAUUUUACUGCAACAGGAAAGCUCAAGAAAGAAAAAUUUUACACUGACAAGGAGUGUGGGUGUAAAUACCGAUGCAUUCCUGAAUUAGGCACACCAGAGAGCAGGAAGAAGGUAUUUGAUCAUUUUUGGAAGCUGGCAGACUUUACAAAGCAGAAUGCAUAUAUUGCACAAACAGUAGUUCUAGUUCCUGUCGUUCAAAAAGAUGAGGAGAAAGUAAUAGAAAGAUUUACAAGAACGUACACAAGGAUAUACAAUGUGCAGUUUAAGCCAAGUGAGGAAACAGUUCGAGUAUGCAAGAUGGCUUUCCUUCAGCUUCAUGGCUUAUCAAAUGGCCGAGUGGACCGUGUAUUACAAGCUGUGGCUUGUCAGUCUCCAUUUGCUCUUCAGGACAGACGAGGGCACCACUCACCUAAGAACAAGACAAGAGAAGAGGACAUAAACUAUGCCUGCUGUCAUAUCAAUUCAUUUCCCAUUGGCUACCACAGCAGUGAAACUUAUGAUUGCGGUAGACUCUCUCUGCCUCAUGACCUCAACGUGGAGAAGAUGUACCGAAUGUACAAAGAGCAGUGUACCAUGGACAAGAGGGUUCCCAUUGGCAGUUUUGUCUAUAGGAAAAUUUUGAAAGAAAGGUGCCAGCAGUCUGAUAGGUCAGCAACCAGGAGACCUGGUGUAGGUCUAGGCCAUGGGGGUGGUAACUCUACUCCACAGGUAACUGUCAAGAAUUCCUAAAAUUACAAUUAAAGUAAACUUCGUGUAUAUACCAUAGUGUAUGCUGAGAGGUACACAUCUUGGUGUAUAUACCUUGAGCAAGGAAGAAUAUCUUAUUUGAUAUACAGUAAUAAUGGGUUAAAUUUAGGAAGGGGUAAGCUUAUUGCUCACAGAAUUCAUUAUAUAUACCCUAUACUCUACAGUGAUUGUUUCCUUACCCAACCUUUCAAACAAGACAUUGAUUACUUGCAUCAUUCUCAUUUUUCAUUGUGGUAAAAAUAGCCAAAACCUGACCAAAAAAUAUGAAAAAAUCCCCCAACCAGCUUUGGGUACCAUUUAUACCAUUCCAAAUAUGAUGGAUCCUGUGUGUUGUGUCAUGUCUUAGUAAUGUCAGGUUUUAGCUUGCUGGAAGUAACUAGUGGCUUUACUUGCGUCCUGAUGAAUUUUAUCCACGUUUGUAGAAGUGUCUGUUAUGUGGAAAUAAAGUAAAUUUUGUGCAGGAAUAUUAGAAGUAUGUGUAGGAGCCACAGUGAUAAGUCUGUAGUGUGUUAAAAGCAGUGACUGAUGACUUGAGUCACUGCUGCAUACCAGCAGUUACAGAUGAGUCACUGCUGCAUACCAGCAGUUACAGAUGAGUCACUGCUGCAUACCAGCAGUUACAGAUGAGUCACUGCUGCAUACCAGCAGUUACAGAUGAGUCACUGCUACACACCAGGAGUUACAGAUGAGUCACUGCUACAUACCAGCAGUUACAAAUGAGUCACUGCUACACACCAGCAGCAGUGACUGAUGAGUCACUGCUACACACCAGCAGCAGUGACUGAUGAGUCACUGCUACACACCAGCAGCAGUGACUGAUGAGUCACUGCUACACACCAGCAGCAGUGACUGAUGAGUCACUGCUACACACCAGCAGCAGUGACUGAUGAGUCACUGCUACACACCAG